GCCAUGAAGCAACCACGGUCGCCUCAGCAGUAGCAGCGCCAGGGCAAGGGGAACGGAGUCGCCGCCGCCGCCGCCUCAGCCUCGACCGCCCCAGCCCGUGGCCUGUGAGGAGGUGGGCGGAGGAGCGGGGUUCUCCUCAGAGAGGCGCCACCGCCUGGCAGUCGGGCCAAGCGCCGCCGCCGCCGCCGCCGCCCCCUUCCCCCCAGCCGCGCGAGGGUCUCUGCGUGGCGUCGCGACUGAGGCGGGCUCUCCUCUCCUCUCCUCCCCAUGCCGCUACCUGCGCGCUGGUCCGCGGCGGCGGAGGCCAGCAAUGCGAGGCGGAGGUAGGAGAGGAGGAGGAGGAGGAGGCCGACAGGGAGAACCGCCGCGGCAGCAGCCGAAGCAGGAGGAGCCUCGGGAUCAGCCUCCUCACCGCCAGCCCUCGCCGUCCUCCAUGUGUCACUCCUGUCCCGCUGACUAGGAUGUCAACCGACGAGCGGAGCCUGACGCGGGCGGCGGAGCAGCGGCAAGAACCGCCGCCGCGACUCCCCGAGCCAGGAGUUCCCCCCACGGCCCCCGCCGCCGCCGCCGCCACAGACAAAAGACCUCGGGGCCGGCCUCGCAAAGAUGGCGCUUCCCCUUUCCAGAGAGUCAGAAAGAAGCCUCGGAGUAGAGGAAAACCUGCAGUGGAGGAUGAAGACAGCAUGGAUGGGUUGGAGGCAGCAGAAACAGAAAACACUGUGGAAACCGAAGUUAAAGAACAAUCUUCAGAGGAGGACGGCCAAACUGAAGUGGAUGUCAGCAAGAAGCUAACACCAAUCCUUCAGCGCUCAGUGUCUGAGGAAUCUGCAAGCUCUGUUGCCUCGAUUGGUGUUGAAGCAAAAACCAGAGAACAUCUCUGUGCUUUUUGUUACUGUGGGGAACGAAGCUCUUUAGGACAAGGAGAACUGAAACAAUUCAGUCCAACACCAGGAUUUAUCGCUCCAUGCAACAACCAGGCUUUAAAGAAGAGUGAAAUUGAGGAAGGCAACAAUAGCAUUUCUGAGAGUACUCCAAGGCAGAACUCAGUCCCGCGCAAAUCAAGAGGACAAAAGAAAGAGAAGUCUCAUCAGAGUAUAACAUGUACAAGUAUAAGCACUCAAACUACUCCUGAUGAUCGGAUAGUCAGAUUAUGGGAUGAACUGAAAAUGGUUGGUCUACCAGAUGACAUUGAUGUCCAAGCCUUAUUUGAGCCAACAGGUCACUGCUGGGCUCAUCACCGCUGUGCGGAGUGGUCACUGGGAGUAUGCCAGACUGAAGAGUCGCCACCAGUGAAUGUGGACAAAGCCGUUGUCUCAGGGAGCACAAAACAAUGUGCAUAUUGCAAGCACCUUGGAGCCACUAUCAAAUGCUGUGAAGAGAAAUGCACCCAGAUCUACCAUUACCCAUGUGCUGCUGGAGCAGGCACUUUUCAGGAUUUUAGUAACUUCUCCCUUCUUUGCCCAGACCACAUUGAUCAGGCUCCACAAAGAUCAAAGGAAGAAGCAAACUGUGCAUUGUGUGAUAGCCCUGGAGACCUCUUAGAUCAACUGUUUUGUACUACCUGUGGCCAGCAUUACCAUGGGAUAUGCCUGGAUAUCCAAGUGACACCUAUAAAACGGGCAGGCUGGCAGUGCCCUGACUGCAAAGUGUGCCAGAACUGCAAGCAUUCCGGAGAAGACAACAAGAUGCUUGUGUGUGAUACAUGUGACAAAGGGUAUCACACCUUUUGUUUACAACCAGUUAUGGACUCUGUACCAACAAAUGGCUGGAAAUGCAAAAACUGCAGGAUAUGUGCAGAAUGUGGCACUCGUACUAGUAGCCAGUGGCAUCACAAUUGUCUCAUGUGUGACAGUUGUUACCAUCAGCAUGACAACCUGCCUUGUCCUUUCUGUGAAAAAUCAUCCCAUCCAGACUUGCAAAAAGACAAGUUGCGUUGCCAUAUGUGCAAAAGGUGGAUUCACAUAGAAUGUGACAAACCCCCUGAAAAUGACUUAGAUGUUCAAUUAAAAGAAUAUAUCUGCAGUCUCUGCAAACAUUCAGAAGAAGAGGUACAUUCACAACCAUGCGAUAUAAUGGAAACUGCCCAACUGCUCCCUGAAGCCGGUCCAGUUUGUGCAGAUGGAAUGGAAAUAGAAGAUGGUGCAGAUGAUGUGGUAAACAAAGACCAGCUAAUAAUGGACGGCAACCCUACCCAAGAACCAGCCAUUGGAUACAUGAUUGAUGGCAUCUCAGUAGGUGAAAAGAAAGGUGAACUGGAAAUACACAUUUUUGAUAAUGUUGGUGCUGAUAAAAUGGAAGCAUCUUGUAAAAAGAGUCCCACACUUGAUAGUAACCACAUUGACAAAGAGAUGGAAGUGGCUGAAAAUAUUCCAGAGACAAUUCAGCAAGUAUCGGAGAAGCAAGCCGAGGAAAUGAAGCCAUCACAGGAAAGCACUGAGGUGUUAGAAGUAUCUACGGAGGAAUCUCAACUUUCACCUGUUACACCUGACACCACAACUAAGAUGCCAGAAACCUUCAUUUUGGUAAACAAUGUGAGAUCCUCCUUCAGGAAAGAAGAGCAAUUAGAAGCAAGGAUUGUGCCAGAAAAUGCAGAAGGAGGUAGCACUCCUGAAAAUUAUGAAACAUCAUCUUUUCCUGUAAGUGAAAGUUGUGCAACUGACAGUUCACCAUCGGGAGAGAAAUCUUUAAAAUCACCAGCUGAGACAUAUUCUUCAUUUCCAUCGUCUGUUGAAAUAAACAAGACCAGCGUAUCUUCCUCACCAGCAGCUUCAUUAGAGUUAGGGUCCUCACAUGACAUGGUGCGCAGUCAAAUGUCAUCGCUAGAAUCCUUGGCAGCUCUUCCAGCAGCGUAUUCAUCUUUCACUCCAAAAAUUGGCAUGGGAAAACCAGCUAUCACCAAAAGAAAGUUUUCUCCUGGGAGACCAAGGUCAAGACAGGGGGUUUGGAGUACCCAUAAUACAGUGAGCCCACCUUCCUGGUCCCCAGACAUUUCAGAAGGUCGGGAAACUUUUAAAUCCAGGCCGCUAUCUGGCAGUUCCAUGUGGAGCAUCAAAGUGGGUCGUGGAUCAGGGUUCCCUGGAAAGCGGAGACCACGGGGUGCAGGCCUUUCUGGGAGAGGUGGAAGAGGAAGAUCAAAAUUGAAGAAUGGAAUUGGGUCUCUUCUUACUCCAGGGGUCAUGGAUAUGGAUACUUUUUCUAUCAAAGAUGAGGAGGAAAAUUCAAUGCACAAUACCGUUGUACUAUUUUCCAGCAGUGACAAGUUUACUUUGCAGCAGGAUAUGUGUGUCGUUUGUGGGAGUUUUGGCAAAGGUGCAGAAGGCCGAUUACUCGCCUGCUCCCAGUGUGGUCAGUGUUACCAUCCCUACUGUGUCAGUAUUAAGAUUACAAAAGUGGUGCUGCACAAAGGAUGGAGGUGCCUUGAGUGCACUGUGUGCGAAGCCUGCGGGAAGGCUACCGACCCGGGACGGCUGCUCCUUUGUGAUGACUGUGACAUCAGCUAUCACACGUACUGCCUAGAUCCGCCACUGCAGACAGUUCCCAAAGGAGGGUGGAAAUGCAAAUGGUGUGUUUGGUGCAGACACUGCGGAGCAACUUCUCCUGGUUUGAGAUGUGAAUGGCAGAAUAAUUACACACAGUGUGCCCCCUGUGCAAGUUUAUCUACCUGUCCAGUCUGCUGCUGCAAUUACAGAGAAGAAGAGCUUAUUCUGCAGUGCAGGCAGUGUGACAGAUGGAUGCAUUCAGUCUGUCAAAACUUAAACACAGAAGAAGAUGUAGAAAAUACAGCUGACACUGGUUUUGACUGUUCCAUGUGUAGACCAUAUAUACCACCAGCAAUUGUGCCUUCUUCAGAAUGCUGUGAAUCAUCAAUUGCAGCCCAAAUUAUAACAAAGGCAAAGGAACUUGACCCACCGAAGACGUACACUCAAGAUGGAGUCUGUCUGACGGAAAUGGGGCUGUCUCAGUUACAGAGCCUCAGUGCUGUUGUACCAAGGAGAAAACGGACAAAACCAAAGCUCAAGUUGAAAAUUAUCAACCAGAAUAGCGUGGCUGUACUCCAGACACCUCCUGAUAUACAAUCAGAACAUUCAAGGGAUGGCGAGAUGGAUGACAGUAGAGAAGGAGACCUAAUGGACUGUGAAGGAAAAUCGGACACUAGCCCUGAACGGGAACCUGUGGAAGAUGAUCCUAAGGGGGUAGAAGGAACAGAAGGGAUCAAGAAGAGAAAAAGGAAACCAUACAGACCAGGCAUUGGCGGAUUUAUGGUGCGCCAGAGAAGUCGUACAGGACAAGGAAAAACAAAGCGAUCUCUCUCCAGGAAAGAUUCCUGUGGCUCCAUAUCUGAACAGAUGCCUAACAGAGACGAAAAAUUGCAGGAAGCCUUCUUUGGAAAGGACCUCCUAGAUACCAGUAGGCAAAGUAAAACGAGUUUAGAUCAUUUAUCUGAAGAAAGCCUUAACAUUUCAUGCAAAGUAAAUUUGAAUGCAAACUACUUAGAUCCAUCUUCAGACCUACUACCCAGCACAACUUCUACUCCGGCUCCAUUAAAACUUGGAACGCAAGGUACCUCUGAUGAUCCUUUAGCAGCCCUUUCAGAUGUGUUGAACACUGAUGAGGAUAUUCUUGGAAUGUUUUCUGAUGAUUUGGUGAAAUCUGGGGAACAUUCAGGUCUUGAUUUAUGCACUUUCCAGGUUGAGAACCCAUCUUCCCCAUUUGCUGGACUAGAUAUUGGACCCAUCUCUGACGAUCCUUCCUCUUUGCCUCCACCAUGCAUCAGCCAGACUGCUCGGCCAUUGAGUGAAGAACAACUAGAUGGAAUCCUCAGCCCAGAACUGGACAAGAUGGUCACAGAUGGUGCAAUUCUUGGUAAACUGUACAAGAUUCCAGAGCUGGAAGGAAAGGAUGUUGAAGACUUGUUCACUGCUGUAUUGAGUCCUGCAACCACUCAGUCUGCUCCUUUGCCACAACCCCCACCUCCGGCUCCACCACAGCUAGUACAUUUGCACAAUCAAGGGGAGAACGUGUUUUCAAGAGUUCCACUUAUGAAUGGUUUGAUUGGACCAGCCCCACAUCUCUCUCAUACCCCAUUGGUUCCUGGAGGUGGAUUAGGCACUUUUUCUACUAUAGCACAAUCGUCAUAUACAGGUACCAGGGAUAAGAAUGCAACAUUUAAUGCAGUGAUGAAUGAUACCACCAGUUCUUGGGUCCCAUCUGCUGCCCCAAUGGAAGGUGAGGGUGAUACCAUGUCUAAUGCACAGAGGAGCACACUGAAAUGGGAGAAAGAGGAAGCACUUGGUGAAAUGGCAACAGUGGCACCUGUUUUGUACACAAAUAUCAAUUUUCCAAACCUCAAAGAAGAGUUCCCAGACUGGGCGACAAGAGUGAAGCAGAUUGCUAAACUGUGGAGAAAAGCAAGCUCACAGGAAAGAGCUCCAUAUGUGCAAAAAGCCAGAGAUAAUAGAGCUGCGCUGCGAAUCAACAAAGUUCAGAUGUCAAAUGAUUCCAUGAAAAGGCCACAGCCACAGGAUAGCAUUGAUCCAAGCUCUCGUAUCGACUCUGAACUCUUUAAGGACCCAUUAAAACAGAGGGAGUCUGAGCACGAGCAAGAAUGGAAAUUUAGACAGCAAAUGCGUCAGAAAAGUAAGCAGCAAGCUAAAAUUGAAGCAACUCAGAAACUUGAGCAAGUGAAAAAUGAGCAGCAGCAACUCCAGCAACAACUUGGGUCACAACAGCUUUUGAACCAGUCAGGUUCAGAUACACCUAGCAGUGGGAUACAGAGUCCCUUAACGCCUCAGGCUGGCAAUGAAAGCAUGUCUCCUGCGCAACAGACAUUCCACAAAGACUUAUUUACAAAACCAUUGCCUGGCACCCCUACUUCCAUCCCUUCCGAUAUAUUUCUAAAACCACAACCGCCUCCUCCGCAUGCGACAACAAGCAGAAUGCCUGUUCAGGAUUCACAUUCUCAGUCUUCUUCACAACAGAUUCUUCCUCCUAGCUCCUCUAACACCAGACCACCUUCUCCAGUUGACCCAUAUGCAAAAAUGGUGGGAACGCCCAGGCCACCACCUGUUAACCAAAAUCAGAAUUUUGUCAGGAGGAAUUCUGUUACAUCAGUAGAUAUCCGUCCACCCCCAUCACCCAUAUCCAGGCCAGCUCAGGUAUCUGAGUCAACAGGAAGCCGGCCAUCACCAGUCAGAGAUUCAUGUUCUUUGUCUCCAGUCAGCAGUGACCCUUAUGCAAAACCUCCAGAUACACCCAGGCCUAUAGUGGCAGUAGAACCAUUCUCCAAACCUUUGGGGCUACCAAGAUCACCUCUAAUUUCAGAGCAACCAGGGAAACCUCCUUUAACAGCAGCAAACAAUGAUCCAUUCACAAAACCACCUGUUAGAACAGAUGCAUUUCAGAGGCCUCGAAUGUCUCCUACUGAUUCAUAUGUACGGCCACCGUUGUCUCCCACUUCUGUUGUUGAGGGCAGUCCAGGCACAUUUAAAACUCCAAUGCGCCCUCCUCAGUCCCCACAAGACCCUUAUGCUUCGAUGCCAUCAACUCCGAGACGUAUGAGUGUGGAUCCCUAUGAACGGCCUGUGUUGACGCCAAGGCCUAUGGAUAGCUUUUCGCACAAUCCAUCUACUGAAUUAUAUAGUCAGCCCACUCUGGCAUCCCACACAGCAAUAAAAGAGACCUUUGUCCAUCCUCAAAGAGUAAUACGAAACCAGAGUGAUUCUUUUGCUCAGUCUGGAACUAUUUUAAGGGGAGCUCCUCAGGACCCUUAUGCCCAGCCUCCAGGUACUCCACAUCCCAUUUCAGACCCUUACGCCCAACCUCCGGGUACUCCGCGCCCAGUCUCUGACCCUUAUGCCCAACCUCCGGGUACUCCACGCCCAAUCUCGGACCCUUAUGCCCAACCUCCGGGUACUCCGCGCCCAGUCUCAGACCCUUAUGCCCAACCUCCGGGUACUCCACGCCCAAUCUCGGACCCUUAUGCCCAACCUCCGGGUACUCCGCGCCCAGUCUCGGACCCUUAUGCCCAACCUCCGGGUACUCCGCGCCCAGUCUCGGACCCUUACGCUCAACCUCCGGGUACUCCGCGCCCAGUCUCGGACCCUUACGCUCAACCUCCGGGUACUCCGCGCCCAGUCUCGGACCCUUACGCUCAACCUCCGGGUACUUCGCGCCCAGUCUUGGACCCUUACGCUCAGCCUCCGGGUACUCCUCGACCCUCUGCAGUUGAUCCAUAUAUGCAUCAACCACCUACCCCAAGACCUGCACAGGCAGCAGACUUAUUUGCUCAGGUUUCAGCUAAUCAAAGGCAUUCUGACCCUUAUGCCCAGCCUCCAGGUACACCAAGACCGGUUAGUAAUGAUCCAUAUUCCCAGCCACCAGCAACCCCAAGGCCUGGAAUAUCAGAAGCUUACAAUAGACCAGCUGCAAUGCCAAAUCGAGAUCCUUAUAUACAGGUGUCACAGAGUAGGACUUUACCUGGGACUUUUGUAAGGCCAUCUGAUCCAUGUAUUCAGCCUCCAAGAACAUCAGGAUCUACUGUGACAGAUUCUUUUAGCCUUGCUCCAAAUGCACCAUCAUGUGACCCUUAUGAUCAGCCUCCUGGAACUCCAAGGCCUCAGCCAGAAAACUUUGGAACUUCUCAGCUUCCCCAUGAUGUUGUAGAUCAACCAAGAUCUGGAUCUGAGGGGAACUUCAAUGCAUCUGCAAACUCUUCCAUGAGCUCACAGGGGCAACAGUUUCCCCAGACCUCUCAAGUUCCUGGUCCAGCACCAACAACAGGAGCAACAAACACACAGAGCCCAAUGUCUCAGGUAGAUGCAGAGAAACUAAGACAGCGCCAGAAAUUACGUGAAAUUAUUCUGCAGCAGCAACAACAAAAGAAGAAUGCAGCACGUCAAGAGAAAGCAUCACAGCAGGCUACCACACCCCAUACAGCCCCUGUUCAGCAGUGGCAACAAGAAAAUCUGAACCAGGUUUUCAACCGGCCUCCUCCGCCCUACCCUGGCAACAUUCGGUCAUCCAUGGUCCCACCUGUUGGCUUAAGGUUCCCGGGGUUUGCUGUUGAUGGACAGUUUAAUAGACCCCAGUUUCUAGGAGAUCUGGGUGGCAUGGGAGUGAGGCCUCAUGCAAUUAGAUUUGGUUUUUCUGGAGGUGGCCGUGGUCCUCCACCAUGUCAAGAACGUUUCCUUGGUCCUUCACAACAAAUGCAACGUCCUCCAGUUCCACCCCAACUAAGAAGAUCCAUGCCUAUAGAUUUGCCUAGAUUACCAAACAAACCACAAAUGGGUAACCCUAUUGGACUGUCUCAGCAUUUCCUACCACAAGGAAUUCAGGUUCAGCAACAUAACAUAAUGGGUCAGGCAUUUAUUGAACUGUGUCACAGAGCACCCGAUAGCAGACCAAGGCUUCCUUUUAAUUCCUCAUCAGCUAGUGCUGCUAUGAACAUGGUUCCCCAGCACCAACAACGUGCAGGGUUUGUACCUCGGCAGGACUGUCAAGGCUCAAGACAACUGGAGCCUGCAAGACACAACCCUCAAAGCUUAAACAAUCCAUUGCAUGUGUCCACGGGCUUGGAACAUUUACCACCCUCUCAUCAAGGUCCCGUGAAUCCUCGUUCUGUGCUAGUCAUGUGCCCUCUAAAUCAUCCAUCAGUUAAUGAGGCCUUUUCAGGAGCUCCUUUGCCAGCAUCAGCAUCUGCUGGGGCAUCAGGUGGUUUACAGAUUUCAAACCAGCACACUGAUGGAUUAGAAGAAAAGCUUGAUCCUGAUGAUCCCGCUGUGAAAGAUUUAGAUGUCAAAGACUUGGAUGGUGUGGAGGUUAAGGAUUUAGUUGAUGAAGAUCUUGAAAAUCUAAAUCUGGACCCAGAGGAUGGAAAAGGAGAUGAGCUGGACACAUUAGAUAACCUUGAAACUAACGAUCGCCACCUUGAUGACCUCCUAAGAUCAGGAGAGUUUGACAUAAUUGCUUACACUGAUCCAGAACUCGAUUUAGGUGACAAAAAGAGUAUGUUUAAUGAGGAGCUGGAUCUCAGUGUUCCUAUAGAUGACAUACAGGGCAAAGGAGACAGUGCUCAUCAGAAGCUUCAAGAUAAUAAAGCUGCAGUUCCUUCAGACUUGCUUGCUCUUCAGAAAAAACCCGUCAAGGUUACUGAGAUUAAAACAGAAGUGCUCUCUCCAAGUACAUUGGAGGAAAUGAAAACUGAACAUGAAAAAGGUGAUGGGAAUGCAGCAUCUUCAAGCAAUUCACUUACUGCUGAAACAGAAUUGCUCGAUGGAGAGAAAAAGUCAACGUUCCUUUGUAAUGUGGAGCUGCCAGACAAGCCAAGCACUAAUGAAGAAGCCACUGUGUCUAGUCCAGGUGCUAUCCAGGGCCCUGCUCUACCACCUGCUCAAAGUAUAACAAGCCCUCAUAAUAUUUCUGGAUCUACUCCAGUUCUUACAAGUUUGCUAGCUAAUGAGAGUUCAGACAGCUCUGACACCAGGCCCCUGAACUCUCCACCUCACUCUUUGCCAGCAGCACAAACCAACUCCAUUUCAAGUAUUCCACAGACUUUAAUGGCACCUGCUGGUCAGACCAUAGAAAAUGCAGUACCUCCUAAUGUGAACAUGGUUCCACAGAUAAGCCAUAAUUUCUCUCAAGGGACCACAGUGAAUCCGGCCUUCAUCCCUGGCCAACCAGUUAACCAUAACUUGGGGACAGGGCACUCUGGGAAUCAAACUGUGCCUGUUGUGAAUUGUCCUGGUGCCAGUGGUCUGCCUACUUCCCAGCAAAUGAUGCUUCCUCAGACUUUGGCCCAGCAGCAAAACCGAGAGCGGCCUCUUCUGCUAGAGGAACAGCCUCUUCUGCUGCAGGACCUGCUGGAUCAAGAGAGGCAAGAGCAGCAGCAGCAGCGACAGAUGCAGGCCAUGAUUCGCCAGCGUUCAGAGCCAUUUUUCCCCAACAUCGAUUUUGAUGCAAUCACUGAUCCUAUCAUGAAAGCCAAAAUGGUAGCAUUGAAAGGGAUUAAUAAAGUCAUGGCACAGAACAAUAUGGGAAUGCCUCCAAUGGUUAUAAACAGAUUUGCCUUUCUGGGUCAGUCGGUGGCAGGAACACAGAGUGGUGAAGGCCAGAAUGUAGUACAGCAAGCAAUUACGCAGGAUGGAAACCUAGCACCUCAGAUUUCUAGACCAAACCCUCCAAAUUUUGGUCCUGGUUUUGUAAAUGAUUCACACAGAAAGCAAUAUGAAGAAUGGCUGCAAGAAACACAGCAACUGCUUCAAAUGCAGCAGAAAUUCCUUGAAGACCAAAUUGGAGCACACAGGAAAUCAAAAAAAGCGCUUUCUGCAAAGCAGCGUACUGCAAAAAAAGCUGGCCGAGAAUUUCCUGAGGAAGAUGCAGAGCAGCUUAAGCAUAUUACGGAGCAGCAGAGUAUGGUUCAAAAGCAGCUGGAACAGAUCCGAAAGCAACAAAAGGAACACACCGAACUCAUUGAAGAAUACCGAAUAAAGCAGCAACAGGGUGGCAUGGGCCCUCACGCCAUGGUACCCGGCAUGCCAUCUCAGCCUCCAAUGGUCCCGGGAGGAUCACCACCAGCAAUGGGUCAACAAAGCUUCCCAAUGGUACCACAACAGCUUCAGCAUCCACAGCAUCCAGGCGGUGUUCCUGGGCAACCGAACCAACCUCGGAUGCCCAGUUUGCCUGGUUGGCAACCUCCCAACACUGGCCCAACGCACAUCCCCCACAAUGCACCAAGACUGCAGCCUCCACUGACACAGUUGCCAGUGAAUACUGUGACGCCCACUCCUGUCUCAGCUCCCAGUGCAAGUGUGCAGUCAGGGCCAGCACCUCAUGUAGAGUUCGAUGACAAUAAUCCAUUCAGCGAAAGCUUCCAGGAGCGAGAACGAAAGGAGCGUUUGCGAGAACAGCAGGAAAGGCAGCGGAUUCAGCUGAUGCAAGAGGUGGAUCGGCAAAGAGCUUUACAGCAGAGAAUGGAAAUGGAGCAACAUGGCACGAUGGGCUCAGCAUUAAAUGCUAGGCCUUCCUUGUCCCAAGCGCCGUUCUUCAAUACUGACCUGCCGUGUGAUUUCAUGCAACCCCCACGGCCCCUUCAGCAGUCUCCACAGCAGCAGCAGAAAAUGGGGCACAUUUUGCAGCAAGGACCAUCAAACUCUGCAUCUGCCCCCAACUUUCUCCUAUGUGGUGAGCAACAACCUGUGGGAUCUUCCCCUUUUGGACCUGAUCCACCCCUUGCUCCAGAUGGCAGUCCCACUUUCCCUGCUGUUAAACAAUCCCAUGGAGGUAUCUCUGGAGUCGGAUUUAGUCAGUAUCAAGUGAGACCUCAGUUUGCCCCUGGCUUGCCUGCUUCUUCUCCAGUAGCUGGUACUGGCUCCCCUUGUGGUCAGGACAGCACCCUGGCCCAUGGAACCAACUGUCCUGGAGCAAGUCAGUCUCUCAUUCAGCUCUAUUCUGAUAUCAUCCCAGAGGAGAAAGGCAAAAAGAAAAGAACGAGGAAAAAGAAAAAAGAGGAUGAUGCUGAAUCAAUAAAUACCCCAUCAACACCACACUCAGAUACAGCAGGGCCGCCAGUGCCAGUUGUUUCAGAUUCCAUCUCCACCCUGACAGUUAGCACGCCUGGUGAACUUUCACGCCAUCCAGGGGAGGUGGAGGCAGAAGAGCUGCCAGGUUCAUCACCUCCAAUUGCUGCCAAGAGCCAGUCUUCCUUAGAACUGAAAGGUCAGCUCUCCAGUAGUGAUUUGCCACAAAACAAAUUGCCUGAGCAAUCAGGUAUAAAGCCAGAAAGAGACAAGGUCAAGACUGAUGCUUCUGGGAGCACUCAGGAAAUUAGACAGGAAAAGACAGAAGCUGAUCAGUGCCCUGGUCAAGCUGAGCCUAAGAUAGAGAAUCAAAGUGGCAUUAAAGUAGAAGAGGAUAAAGCUUCAGCUCAGCCUGCCCCUUCUUCCGAGGGUCAGGCGCAACCCACCAGCAUCCCAGCAGCAAAAGGGGAAUCGGGGAACGAACUCCUCAAACACUUGCUGAAGAACAAAAAAUCUGCCACUCUUCUCAAUUCGAAAUCAAAAAGCAGCUUCCCGUCAGAAGAGAGUACUGAGGAGAACAAAUUCAUGGAAAAACAUGACCCAGUUGAAGGCAGCAUGCAAUCAUUAGGAAACCCUUUGCAGGGCACACUGGGAUGUAGUAACAGCCAGCUUCAGAGAGCAGAUUUAGGGCAUGAAAUGAAAAAGCAGCGAAACAAACGAACACAGAGGGCAGGUGAGAAGACAGCACCUCGAUCUAAGAAGAGAAAGAAAGAGGAAGAAGAAAAACAGGCUAUUUACCCCAAUGCUGACAUGUUUAUGCAGUUAAAACAGCAACUCUCUUUGUUGCCUCUAAUGGAGCCAAUAAUCGGCGUGAGUUUUGCCCACUUUCUGCCAUAUGGCAGUGGCCAUCUGAAUAGUGGAAGUCACCUUAUGGGAAGCUUUGGUAGCGCUACACUUGAUGGAGUAUCAGAUUACUAUUCUCAACUAAUUUACAAGAUAGGCUUGCUACAAACUAACUUGAUGUCCUACCCUCUUCUGCAGCAAAACAACUUGAGCAAUCCUCCUACCCCUCCAGCCUCCCUCCCUCCGACCCCUCCACCUGUGGCUUGCCAAAAAAUGGUCAAUGGAUUUGCAACCACUGAGGAACUCGCUAGCAAGGCCGGAAUGUUGGGGGGACAUGAUGUUACCAAGGCUUUAGGAUCGAAGCAGUUUCAGCUGCCUUUCAGACCUCCAGAUGAUCUGUUAGCCAGAGCAAUGGCUCAGGGUCCAAAAAGUGUGGAUGUUCCUGCAUCCCUUCCAACUCCGCCUCAUAACAAUCAUGAAGAAUUAAGGGUUCAAGAUCCUUGUGGUGACAGAGACACUCCUGACAGCUUCGUUCCCUCAUCAUCCCCUGAGAGUGUCAUGGGCAUGGAAAUAAGUAGAUAUCCUGAUCUGUCAGCUGUCAAGGAAGAGGCCCCAGAGCCGGUCCCGUCUCCUAUCAUUCCAAUUCUACCCACCAGUUCUGGAAAGGGUUCAGAAGCAAAAAGGAAUUUUAUUAAAACAGAACCUUGCUCGGGGUUUUUUGGCUCUCAGCUUGGACCUUCCCCAAAUGGUCCAAAAUCUGGCCUUGUGUCUGUAGCAAUUACUUUGCACCCCACAGCUGCAGAGAAUAUUGGCAGUGUCGUAGCUGCAUUUUCCAGCCUCCUGCAUGUCAGAAUUCCCAACAGUUAUGAGAUCAGCAGUGCCCCAGAGGUUCCUUCUUCCAUGGGACUGAUAAACCCCCACAGAGCAAAUCCUGCCUUUGAAUACAGACAACAGCUGCUGCUUCAUGGUCCCCAGCCAGGCUCUCUCGGUUUCACAGGGCCUUAUGGACUCAAACAGCCCAACAUGCCAUUUCCCGCAAGUGGCAACGGGUUGGCAGGCUAUAAGGUUCACAGUCCCAGUGCUACAGAGUGUUCCGGUCCAAGGCUACAAUGGUGUUCACACUGUAAAGUGGUAGUUCUGGGCAGUGGUGUGCGGAAGUCUUUCAAAGAUCCAUCUUUCCUAAAUAAGGAUUCCAGAGAGAGGUCUGAGAGACUUGAGAAAGAUGUUGUCUUUUGUAGCAAUAACUGCUUUGUUCUUUAUUCAGCAUCCAUGCAAGCAAAAAAUUCAGAGAGCAAGGAAUCAAUUCCUUCUUUACCACAGUUCCCCAUGAAGGAGGCACCCCCCAAAGUUUACCAUCAGUAUAACAACAACAUUUCCACACUGGAUGUACAUUGUCUCCCUCAAAUCCAGGAAAGGUUUUCUCCACCAUCAUCUCCCCUGACCUUCCCUCUUGCUUUUGAAGCAGCCAGGGUGGAGCCAAAACCAGACGAGCUGAAGGUAACCGUGAAACUCAAACCCCGUUUGAGAACAAUACCCAAUGGUUUUGAUGACUGUCGACCAUUCAGUAAGAAAUGGAAAGGAAUGAAGUGGAAGAAAUGGAACAUCCAGAUUGUGAUUCCUAAAGGGACCUUCAGGCCUCCUUGUGAUGAGGAGAUAGAUGAGUUCCUCAGGAGACUGGGCACAACCAUUAAACCUGAUCCGGUGCCUAAAGACUACCGAAAGUGUUGUUUCUGUCAUGAAGAGGGUGAUGGGUUAACAGAUGGACCAGCAAGACUUCUUAACCUUGACCUAGACCUUUGGGUCCAUUUGAAUUGUGCACUUUGGUCUACUGAGGUCUAUGAGACACAAGCUGGUGCCUUAAUAAAUGUGGAACUUGCCCUGAGAAGGGGCUUGCAAAUGAAAUGCACGUUCUGCCACAAGAUGGGCGCCACCAGCGGCUGUCACAGGUUAAGGUGCACCAAUAUUUAUCACUUUACCUGUGCCAUUAAAGCACAAUGCAUGUUUUUCAAAGACAAAACCAUGCUUUGCCCCAUGCACAAACCAAAGGGAGCUCAUGAGCAAGAACUCAGUUAUUUUGCAGUCUUCAGGCGGGUCUAUAUCCAGCGUGAUGAAGUCCGCCAGAUUGCCAGCAUCGUACAGCGGGGGGACCGAGAGCACACCUUCCGAGUGGGGAGCCUUAUCUUCCACACCAUUGGCCAGCUGUUGCCUCACCAGAUGCAGGCCUUCCACUCCUCAAAGGUUCUCUACCCUGUGGGCUACGAGGCCAGCCGGUUAUAUUGGAGUACACGGUAUGCCAACCGCAGGUGUCGCUACCUGUGUUCUAUUGAAGAAAAGGAGGGCCUUCCCUUUUUUGUGAUUAGGAUUACUGAGCAAGGCCAUGAAGAUGUGGUUCUUACUGACUCAACCCCAAAAGGUGUUUGGGAUAAAAUCCUGGAUCCUGUUGUUGCUGUGCGGAAGAGUUCUGAAAUGCUUCAGCUUUUCCCUGCAUAUCUGAAGGGCGAAGACCUCUUUGGUUUGACUGUCUCUGCAGUGGCAAGAAUAGCAGAAUCUCUUCCCGGGGUUGAGGCUUGUGAGAAUUACACCUUCCGGUAUGGCCGAAAUCCACUCAUGGAACUCCCGCUUGCCAUCAACCCCACCGGCUGUGCCCGCUCUGAGCCGAAAAUGAGUACCCAUGUCAAGAGGUUUGUGUUAAGGCCUCACACCUUGAAUAGCACCAGCACUUCAAAGUCAUUUCAGAGCACAGUUACCGGAGAACUGAAUGCACCUUACAGUAAACAGUUUGUUCAUUCAAAGUCCUCACAAUACCGAAAAAUGAAGACCGAAUGGAAAUCCAAUGUGUAUUUGGCACGUUCACGUAUUCAGGGCCUGGGCUUAUAUGCUGCUAGGGACAUUGAAAAGCACACCAUGGUCAUUGAAUAUAUCGGAACUAUCAUCCGCAAUGAGGUAGCCAACAGGAAAGAGAAGCUGUAUGAAUCUCAGAAUCGUGGGGUGUACAUGUUCCGCAUUGACAAUGACCAUGUCAUUGAUGCCACAUUGACAGGAGGUCCUGCAAGGUAUAUUAACCAUUCCUGCGCACCAAACUGUGUGGCUGAGGUGGUAACCUUUGAAAGGGGACACAAGAUUAUCAUCAGCUCCAGCAGGAGAAUCCAGAAAGGAGAAGAGCUCUGUUAUGACUAUAAGUUUGAUUUUGAAGAUGACCAGCACAAGAUUCCAUGUCACUGUGGAGCGGUAAACUGCCGAAAAUGGAUGAACUAGAUGCAUUCCUUGCUGUCUCAGAGGGUUGCUUGUCCCAAGGAAGAAGUGAUGUUUGAGGGUGGGGGGGGGGGGGUUGUGAACACAAAUCACUUUUGUAAAUUACACUUCCUUCAACUUGCGUGUCAAGCAAGCGUCAGAAGCGGAAGCCGGCAGAAGGUGGCGUUGCCUGGCUGCCCAGGCACACGGAGGCGACACUGAUCUCCAGACCGGUCCAGCACUUUUGACUUUAUGAACUCACUAAGGAGAAAUCAUUGAACUUGGGCAGAAAAGCUACGGCUGACCUGCUGAAGGGCAGUGGGGCAUCAAUGAAUGUAGACUGAAAUCACCAGCGAAAGGGAGACGUCCAAAGUGCUGGCCACAGCCUUACUUAUUAAAGGGGCAGGCCCUCUAAAUGCAGAAAAAAAAAUUAAAAUAAAAUAAACACCACUGAACAAGGAAUGUACUGAAAUGACUUCCUUAGGGAUAGAGCUAAGGGAAAAAAUAACUUGCACUAAAAUACAUUUAAAAUACUUGAUUCCAUGAGUCAGUUUAUUGUAGUUUUUGAUUUCUGUAAAAUAAGAGAAACUUUUUGUAUUUAUUAUUGAAAUAAGUGAAUGAAGCUAUUUUUAAAAGGAAAAGUUAGAAGCCAAGCUGCUGCUGUUACCUGCAGAACUAACAACCCUGUUACUUUGUACAAAAGUGUAAAUAUUUUAAGAAAAAAACAUUACAGUAUACAAAAAAAAAUAGUAAUUGACCAAAUGCUACCAGGCUCUGCAGAAGUUCGGGUGCUUAUUAUAAGACUCUGAUAGGGAUGUUACAAUAUGAUCUUCUGUAUUAUUAAACAUGCCAUUACAGAUGUUAUGGAAUAACCAAAAUCUCAAUUUAAAGAGAGGUUUUACUUUAUUUUUUUAAUAUUUAAAGCAGGCUCAAUUGUGUUCUAUUAAUAAACUUUUUAAGUAACCCUUAAGAGUGGUAGAGAGCAUGUAUAUUACAAUUAUGACUUUUGUAGAUGUCUGAGGAAAUUUAGACUGACUGAUUUAUUUUAUCUGUAUUAUAUUGUCACAUCCCUAUUUCUUAAAUCAGGUUUUUUGUGCUUAGGAUUUGUGAUAACUGUGAAUAACUGCUAAAACCACCCAAAAUAGAGGCUGAACAUUUUUUUUCCAGCAAAAAGUAGCGAAGAUUAGAUGGCCGUUCAGCUUACACUAAAAUCAUGUAAUGAAAAUAGAACUGUGUAGUGAGAACGUAAGUCUAAUACAAUAGCUGCCUUCUUUAAAAAUAAAAACAAGGAAAAAAUUAGGUGUAAUUGUGUUUUCAGCUGCAGGACUCUGGCAGUAGGGUUUUGGAAAAUGUAAUUUAAAAAUGUGUUUGUAUGGAUUGUUUUGUUUACAUUUCUUUUUAAAAAUAAACACUGUUUGUGUUUGUAGAAACCUAAUCAACAUUUUGAACCAGGUUAGUUUUUUAUUUUGUACUUUAAAUUCUGGUACUGACACUUCACAGUCUAAAUAUUAAAAAAAAUGAAGUUUUUUUGUGUGCACAACUAAAGUGGACUGUAAAACUGUUGGUAUAUUCAGUGAUACAGUUCUGAACUUGUAAUGUAUAUGGCAUGAUGUAUUUUUAUCUUACAGAAUAAAUCAAUUGUAUAUAUUUUUCUCUUGAUAAAUAGCUGUAUGAAAUUGUUUCUUGAAUAUUUUUCUUCUCUUGUACAAUAUUCCAACAUCCUACCAGUAUUUGUCCUACAGGUUUUUUUCUGUUCUGUAUAAUAGUAUCUAAUGUUGGCAAAAAUGAAAUUUUUGAAGUAUACAGAGUGUUAUGGGCUUUGAAAUUUGUGGAAACAGAUUUAGAAGAUCAGCAUUUACAAAUAAAAUAUUUUACAUCUAUAAA